CCCGGAAGCGGCUGAGUCGAAAUAGUGAAGGCAGGCGCAGCCCUUCGGAGGGGGAGGGACAGUCGGAGUGGCAGCGUGGCCGGCCCGCGGGGAAGCCGAGCAGGACUUUACAAGUUGGAAAUGAAUUUAAUGUAUCUUCCUAUGGAUCACUGAAUGGAUAAUAAAUGGCCCUUCCUCGCUUAACAGGAGCGCUUCGUUCCUUUUCAAAUGUCACUAAACAAGAUGAUUAUAGUCAAGAAUCUGCUGACCUAACAGAUAAAAGAUCCAAGUUACAAGAACAGCGGUGGAAUUCGGAUCUCACUUGGAAGAAAAUAGUAACAUUUGUUGAAGAAAACUCACCCAAGGAACAGCAGCAAUCUCUACAUGGAGAUUUAAGGGCACUAUUUCACUCUGCCAGACAAAUAGUGGGAUCUGAGAAUGGACAAGAAGCGAUUGAAAGUGGUGCUGCCUUCCUUUUUAAAACGUUUCACACCAAGGAGUGUAUUGGUCAUGAUGAGACUAAAGCCAUCAAGCAGAUGUUUGGACCCUUUCCCUCCUCCUCUGCCACUGCAGCCUGUGAUGCCACCUGUCGGAUUGUUUCACACUUGACUGAAGAACAGCUUGCAGCUCUUCUGCAGAAUUCUGAAGAGUUAAACAGUGAGCCAAAGUUGUGUUUUGGCAGAAAUAUUGCAUUUUCUUUUGACAUGCAUGAUUUGGAUGACUUUGAAGAAUUGCUGAUAAACGGUGAAAUGGAUGACCAGAAAGUCAUUAGCUUGGAUUAUGAGAAACUUUUUAAUAACCAUUUUGAACAUUAUCCGAAUAACUGUGGUGAAAAUUCUGGUGCAAAACCUUCUGGGAAAGUCGAUGAUACUUUCCUGUGGUGUGAAGUUGGGAAGUAUCUGAAUGACUCCCUACAAGGAAAUACUGCAGGCCCAACAAUGGAGCAUCUUUGUUGUACUUUGUAUGAGAUGCUUGCCUCACAUAAAAGUGGUGAUGAGCUUCAGAAUGAGUUGUUUGAAUUACUAGGACCUGAAGGAUUUGAAUUAAUAGAAAAGCUCCUGCAGAACAGAAAUACCAUUGUGGAGAGAUCUUUCUCUGGGCCAAAUGAUUAUAAGCUACAAUCUUUACAAGAACACUGCAGAAAAUUUACAGGAGAAAAUUCUAAGCCCAAUUAUGGCUGCCAAGUCACCAUUCAGUCUGAACAAGAGAAGCAGCUAAUGAAACUAUAUCGCCGUGAAGAAAAACGAAAUGCCAGGCGAGAAAAACGAACUGGGGAUGAAGGAGAAGUUCUUGUUGAUAUGGGAAUCUCCUUUGAUCCAAAGGAGCUACGGAUACAAAGAGAACAAGCACUUUUGAAUGCUCGCACAAUGCCAGUUUUAAACAGACAGCGAGACAUGGAAUUUGAAAAAAUUCAUUACCCGCAUGUUUAUGACUCACAAGCCGAAGCUAGGAAAACAUCAGCUUUUAUUGGGGGAUCAAAGAUGCUUCUGCCAGAAGCUAUUGAGAGAGAGAAUAAUAAAAUGUAUGAAGAAGUAAAGAUACCUCACAGUGAACCAAUGCCAAUGGGUUUAGUGGAAAAGCCAGUUUAUAUAAAGGAUUUAGAUGAGAUUGGACAACUUGCUUUUAAAGGCAUGAAACGAUUAAACCGAAUCCAAUCCAUUGUUUUUGAAACUGCCUACAACACAAAUGAGAAUAUGCUAAUAUGUGCACCUACUGGGGCAGGAAAAACUAACAUUGCCAUGUUAACAGUUUUGCAUGAAAUCCGUCAGCACGUUCAACAUGGAGUUAUCAAAAAGGAUGAGUUUAAGAUAGUUUAUGUUGCUCCUAUGAAGGCAUUGGCGGCUGAAAUGACGAAUUACUUCAGCAAGCGUCUAGAACCGCUGGGCAUCACGGUGAAAGAGCUCACAGGUGACAUGCAAUUGUCAAAAAGCGAAAUUCUCCGAACUCAGAUGCUUGUGACCACUCCAGAAAAAUGGGAUGUUGUGACAAGGAAGAGUGUUGGAGAUGUCGCUCUUUCCCAACUAGUGAAACUCCUUAUUCUUGAUGAGGUACACCUGCUCCAUGAAGAUAGAGGACCCGUACUAGAAAGUUUGGUAGCCCGCACCUUACGUCAGGUUGAAUCUACACAAAGCAUGAUUAGGAUCUUGGGGCUCUCAGCCACAUUACCUAAUUAUCUCGAUGUUGCUACAUUUCUCCAUGUUAAUCCUUAUAUUGGAUUAUUUUAUUUUGAUGGUCGUUUUCGACCUGUUCCACUUGGCCAGACAUUUAUAGGAAUCAAGACAACCAAUAAGGUGCAGCAGCUGAAUAAUAUGGAUGAAGUUUGUUACGAAAAUGUCUUGAAGCAAGUAACAGCUGGACAUCAGGUGAUGGUGUUUGUUCAUGCUCGAAAUGCAACAGUCAGGACUGCUAUGGCUCUUCGUGAAAAAGCUAAAAACAAUGGCCAUAUUUGCUAUUUUUUACCAUCCCAAGGUCCUGAUUAUGGACAAUCAGAAAAACAAGUGCAGAAGUCCAGAAACAAGCAAUUACGUGAAAUGUUUCCAGAUGGAUUCAGCAUUCAUCAUGCAGGAAUGCUCCGGCAAGACAGAACUUUAGUAGAAAACUUGUUUUCUCGUGGUUACAUAAAAGUCUUGGUUUGUACUGCUACAUUAGCCUGGGGUGUCAAUCUUCCAGCUCAUGCAGUCAUCAUUAAGGGAACACAGAUCUAUGCUGCAAAAAGAGGAUCCUUUGUUGACCUUGGAAUUUUAGAUGUCAUGCAGAUAUUUGGUCGAGCUGGACGGCCCCAGUUUGAUAAAUUUGGAGAAGGCGUCAUUAUUACAACACAUGAUAAACUCAGUCAUUAUCUGACUCUGCUUACUCAGCAGAAUCCAAUUGAAAGUCAGUUUCUUGAAAGCCUUGCAGACAACUUGAAUGCAGAGAUUGCUCUUGGAACAGUGACAAAUGUUGAGGAAGCAGUAAAGUGGAUAAGUUACACUUACCUUUAUGUACGGAUGAGAGCAAACCCAUUAGUAUAUGGCAUCAGUCACAAAGCUUAUCAGAUGGAUCCAAGUUUAGAGAAGCACAGAGAACAGUUAGUGAUUGAAGUCGGCCGAAAACUGGAUAGAGCCCGGAUGAUUCGGUUUGAAGAGAGAACUGGAUUUUUUUCUUCAACUGAUUUAGGCAGAAUUGCAAGCCACUACUACAUUAAAUAUAAUACAAUUGAGACUUUCAAUGAACUGUUCGAUGCUCAUAAAACAGAAGGUGACAUUCUUGCUAUUGUAUCUAAAGCCGAAGAAUUUGAACAAAUCAAGGUGAGAGAAGAAGAAAUAGAAGAGCUGGAAGCCUUGCUGAGCAAUUUCUGUGAACUUCCUGCACCUGGUGGUGUGGAGAACAGUUACGGGAAAAUAAAUAUCCUUCUGCAAACAUACGUUAGCCGAGGAGAGAUGGAUAGCUUUUCCCUAAUUUCAGAUUCUGCUUAUGUUGCACAGAAUGCUGCACGCAUUGUUCGAGCUCUUUUUGAAAUAUCCCUUCGUAAGCGUUGGCCUGCAAUGACAUACCGACUGCUAAAUCUCAGCAAGGUUAUCGACAAGCGACUGUGGGGUUGGGUCAGCCCUUUGCGGCAGUUCUCUGUCCUGCCACCACCAGUCCUCACCAAGCUGGAACAAAAGAAUCUCACAAUUGAUAAGUUGAAGGACAUGAGGAAAGAUGAAAUAGGUCAUAUGCUCCACCAUGUAAAUAUUGGAUUAAAGGUCAAACAGUGUGUCCAGCAAAUUCCCUCUAUCUCAGUUGAAGCAACCAUCCAGCCAAUUACCCGUACUGUACUGAGAGUUAGGUUAAAUAUCGCUCCUGAUUUCAAGUGGAAUGAUCAGGUGCAUGGAACAGGUGGAGAACCCUGGUGGAUUUGGGUGGAAGAUCCUACCAAUGAUCAUAUUUAUCAUUCAGAAUAUUUUAUUAUUCAAAAAAAGCAGGUCAUUGCAAAAGAAACUCAACUGUUGGUAUUUACAAUCCCAAUUUUUGAACCACUGCCCUCUCAAUACUAUAUCCGGGCUGUCUCUGACCGAUGGCUAGGAGCUGAGGCUGUGUGCAUUAUUAAUUUCCAGCAUCUGAUUCUGCCAGAGAGGCACCCACCUCAUACAGAAUUACUGGACCUCCAGCCUUUACCAAUCACAGCUUUGGGAGAUCCCAAAUAUGAAGCCCUCUACAAGUUUACUCAUUUCAACCCAGUUCAGACUCAGAUAUUCCAUACGUUAUACCACACAGAUAGUAAUGUACUACUUGGAGCUCCCACUGGUUCUGGAAAGACAGUUGCAGCAGAAUUAGCCAUCUUCAGAAUUUUCAAUAACUAUCCCACUGCAAAGGCAGUAUAUAUUGCACCCCUUAAGGCACUGGUGCGGGAACGAAUUGAAGACUGGAAAAUUAGAAUUGAAGAAAAGCUUAGUAAAAAGGUUGUAGAACUGACAGGAGAUGUAACUCCUGAUAUGAGAUCCAUUGCCCAAGCUGACCUUAUUGUUACUACACCAGAGAAAUGGGAUGGAGUCAGCCGAAGCUGGCAGAAUAGAAGCUAUGUCCAGAAGGUUUCCGUUCUCAUCAUAGAUGAGAUUCAUCUGCUAGGGGAUGAGAGAGGGCCUGUCCUGGAAGUUAUUGUGUCUCGGACUAAUUUCAUCUCAUCUCACACAGAGAAGCCAGUCAGAAUAGUUGGUCUGUCAACAGCAUUAGCCAAUGCCAGGGAUCUAGCUGAUUGGCUAAAUAUUAAUCAAAUGGGGCUAUUCAAUUUCAGGCCAUCAGUGCGUCCAGUUCCAUUGGAAGUUCACAUACAAGGUUUCCCAGGCCAGCAUUAUUGUCCUCGCAUGGCUAGCAUGAACAAACCAGCCUUUCAGGCUAUUAGGAGUCAUUCUCCAGCCAAGCCAGUUCUUAUCUUUGUAUCAUCCAGACGACAAACUAGACUUACAGCUUUGGAGCUCAUUGCAUUUUUGGCAACUGAAGAUGAUCCAAAACAAUGGCUGAAUAUGGAUGAAAGAGAGAUGAGCGUCAUCAUUGCGACAAUCCGAGAGUCUAAUCUUAAACUGACCCUGGCUUUUGGAAUAGGCAUCCACCAUGCUGGUCUUCACGAACGAGACAGAAAAACUGUGGAAGAACUAUUUGUGAACUGUAAAAUCCAAGUUCUUAUUGCCACAAGCACGUUAGCCUGGGGUGUCAAUUUUCCAGCACAUUUAGUAAUUGUUAAAGGAACAGAAUUUUAUGAUGGGAAAACCAGGCGUUAUGUUGAUUAUCCAAUUACAGAUGUUCUUCAGAUGAUGGGACGUGCUGGUCGACCUCAGUUUGAUGAUCAAGGCAAAGCAGUGAUUCUGGUUCAUGACAUCAAGAAAGACUUCUACAAAAAAUUCCUUUAUGAGCCUUUCCCAGUAGAAUCAAGUUUACUAGAAGUCCUGUCUGAUCACUUAAAUGCUGAAAUUGCAGCUGGAACUAUAACUUCAAAGCAAGAUGCAAUGGAUUAUAUCACCUGGACCUACUUUUUCCGCCGUCUUAUUAUGAAUCCCAGUUACUAUAACUUAGAUGAUGUGAGCCAUGAUAACAUGAACAAGUUUCUUUCAAACCUUGUGGAGAAAUCACUUCUUGAUCUGGAAUAUUCCUACUGCAUUAAAAUAGGAGAGGAUGACCGCAGCAUUGAACCUCUGACGUAUGGCCGCAUUGCUUCAUAUUACUAUUUGAAGCAUCCAACCAUCAGGAUGUUCAAGGGGCGUUUAAAACCCGAGUGUAGCGUGGAAGAACUGCUCUCAGUUCUGACAGAUGCUGAAGAAUACACAGACCUCCCAGUGCGGCACAAUGAAGAUCAAAUGAACAGUGAACUGGCCAAACAUCUGCCCAUUGAAGUCAAUCCACAUUCUUUUGACAGCUCACACACCAAAUGUCAUCUUCUGUUGCAAGCCCACUUUGAACGUGCAGUGCUACCGUGUCCAGAUUAUGUCACUGACACCAAGACAGUGUUAGACCAGUCAAUCAGAAUAUGUCAGGCAAUGCUGGAUAUUGCAGCAAAUGAGGGCUGGUUGGUGACAGCACUAAAUAUUACCAAUUUGGUACAGAUGCUGAUUCAAGGGCGAUGGAUCCAUGAUUCCUCUUUGCUUACUUUACCUAACAUAGAAUAUCACCAUCUUCACCUUUUCAGGAAAUGGAGCCAAGGGAAGAGGAAAGAUGGUUACCAAGCGCCUAUUGAAUGCCUUCCUGAACUAAUAGCUGCUUGUGAUGGAAAAGAGAAUAUUUUUGCUUCCAUUGUAGAUUGUGAUUUGAAUUCCACACACAUUACACAGGCUUGGCAUUACUUGUCCCGCUUGCCAGUUAUAGACAUUAGUAUGAUUAUUAAAGGUUGUUGGGAUGAUACAGUUCAUGAACAGAAGGAACUGAUUGUUCCAAUGUUGUCGAUGAACAUACGGGAUGAUAAAAAAUGGAUGAAACUGCAUGCAGAUCAAGAAUAUGUUCUCCAGAUUAACUUGCACAGAUUGCAUAUUGGUUACACCAAGGGUAAGCAAGAUACCAAAGCAGUUGCACCUCGAUUCUCUAAGAUCAAGGAUGAGGGAUGGUUCGUGAUCCUAGGAGAAGUAGACAAAAAAGAGCUGGUGGCUCUGAAAAGAGUUGGCUAUGUCAGAAAUCAGAAUGUGGUCUCAGUUGCUUUUUAUACCCCAGAAACACCUGGAAAAUACAUCUACACAUUGUAUCUUAUGAGUGACAGUUAUCUUGGAAUUGACCAACAGUAUGACAUUUUUCUGAACAUCUUACCAGCUAGCACCUCAGCACAGGUCAACACAGAGAUCUCUGAUAGUUUAAAUGACUUGGGCUUGAAAUAAUACGCCAUAUGGACUUUCUUUUGCUAGCAUCUUCACUCUGGGAAUAGGAAAGCAUGUUUGCCUUAGUGCAGUCAGCAUCCAGCUUCAACACCCAGAAAAUUGAAAAUGACUGCUAUAUUGAUUCUGAUGACAGAGUUAGCCUCAGUGGCCUUUUUGACCUGAUAAUCCAGUUGCAUUUUUAAAAAUUCGUUUUGUAGGCUGGUAAAAGUGGCUGUUUUUCUAUUAAUAUAUAUGCCACAGUUUCUUUUGGACAGAUUGAUAUUUGUCAGGAGUAGAUACUUUAAUUUGCAAAAACUAAUUUUUCCGUUACCUGCCAUGAAAUCAUCAUUGCAACCACUUCUCGAGAUCCAAAGAUACAAUUUAUGUAGGUAUAAAGGAGCUACCUGCACGGCUGAAGAAGCCACUACAGUAACUACUACUCUGAAAGAGAUAAGCUGAUAUCAUCACAAGAAGACUUCAGCAAUGUGGACACGGCCAGUGGAUUUUACUCACGGCCAUUUGAUACAUCUAAUCCAUUUCCUACCCAUAAUAAAAAUGUUGCUAGGAUAUUGCAAGAUUUUGUACUGAAAGACAAAUGCUUGUGACAAAUCUGUUCUCUCAGAAUUUUCUAUGUGAAAUAUGUAUGACAUGGAAAUAAAGUUCAGCACUUAAGCACACUGUGUGUAUGCAAAGUCACUGGAACAUCGGUGUUUUUUUCAAAAAUUUCAGUAUUCGAUUUAUAUCUUAUGUGCCCUGGUUUUCCAGUGGUGUAAAAAGAAUCCAAGCUGAUACGUGGAGCAUUGAAAAAAAAAUGAUACGUUAUUAAACGUUUAAAAGGUUUCUGGCCCACCUUUCUCACAUGGUCUCAAAGGGCUAUUUUUGCAAAAAGUUAAAACUAUGUAAAAACAGUA